AUGGGGAAUCGGACUGCAGCGGUGACUGAGUUUAUCUUGCUGGGAUUUGCCCUCAGCAGGGAGGUGGAGUUGCUGCUCCUGGUGCUCCUGCUGCCCAUGUUCCUGCUGACUCUGCUGGGGAACCUGCUCAUCAUCUCCAUCGUGCUGUCCUACUCCCGCCUCCACACCCCCAUGUACUUCUUCCUGUGCAACCUCUCUGUCCUGGACAUCCUCUUCACCUCGGUCAUUUCUCCCAAAGUGUUGGCCAGCUUAGGAUCAGGGGAUAAAACCAUCUCCUUUGCUGGGUGCAUCACCCAAUGCUAUUUCUACUUCUUCCUGGGCACAGUCGAGUUUCUCCUGCUAACAGUCAUGUCCUAUGAUCGCUAUGCUGCCAUCUGCUACCCCCUGUGCUACACUGCCAUUAUGAGACCUCCUGUCUGCAUCGGGACUGUUGUGUUCUCUUGGGUGGGAGGCUUCCUUUCUGUGCUCUUUCCAACCAUCCUGAUCUCCCAGCUGCCCUUCUGUGGCUCCAAUGUCAUUAACCACUUCUUCUGUGACAGUGGGCCCUUGCUGGCCCUGGCCUGUGCAGACACCACUGCCAUUGAGCUGAUGGAUUUUAUGCUUUCGUCCGUGGUCAUCCUCUGCUGCAUAGUCCUUGUGGCCUAUUCCUACACCUACAUCAUCUUGAUGAUAGUGCACAUUCCUUCUGCAAGUGGAAGGAAGAAGGCCUUUAACACCUGUGCUUCCCACCUGACCAUCGUCAUCAUUUCUAGUGGGAUCACUGUGUUCAUCUAUGUGACUCCCUCCCAGAAAGAAUAUCUGGAGAUCAACAAGAUCCCUUCAGUGCUGAGCAGCGUGGUGACUCCAUUCCUCAACCCCUUUGUAUACACUCUGAGGUAUGACACGGUGCUGGGGGUCCUCAGGGAUGUGAGGGUCAGGGUUCAAGGAGUUUUAGAAAAGAGGAUGAGGACGGUGCUGAGGAGCAGAUGGUCCUCCAACAAAGAGCACUAA